CUCCAAUUCAACUCUAGCUCACUUCGAAUCCGAUCCGCCUUCACCUCACCACUCGCUUCACCGUUCAGUGAUUCGCUUAGCGGAUCACAGAUAAAAGCCUGUAGCCAUGCCACCAGCACUGAGCGACUACGACUCCGACUCCGACUUCGACUGUCACCCUGCAGCGUCAACGGGCGUCGAAGAAGUUGAGGAUUCAACACCGUGUGACGCGGGCCUGGAGGAGCAUUCUGAGGGCAAGGAACCAAGAGCGAAGGUCAGAGCCGCCGUUGCACGUGUCGUCUCCAGGAAGAGGAAGCGCAACCCUGUUCUGGACGGUCUUGACCUAGAUAACAUCCUCGCUAUCCCUGACGACGAGGACUGUCUCUCAGUUGAGGUCGAUCCGCUUGGCUCAUCUAUUCCGACCUCAUCGUACAGGACACGAGGUCAGACGCACAGCAAGCAGAAGAGUGAGCUUUGCUACGACCAGAAGUAUCACCCAAUGGACGACUUCCUCCGGCCUGCGAGGGCCGCCCAGCGCAAGGCCAAGCACGAGGAUCUCGCCGAGGACAGCAGUGCUACCAUUUUCGACGGAGGCGAACACAGCGAUUCCUGUAGCGACGUUCAAGACCAUCCGCAGAGCAAGAAGCGAAAGAAGAAGUCGAGCCCGCCGCGUUCCCAGGGCACUCGUCGUUCUUCCCGAAAGGUCAACCGUGACGUCUUCUACAACGCCGAGGUCCAUCCGCAGGACGCUGAGCUGGAGCAGAUGGACGAGGACGUCUACAGUGAGGAGGCUCACUUCCAAGAGAUUUCCAGCGAAGAGCUUCAAGGCCAAGAUGUUCAGAAUGAAGGAGCCCAGUUCGAAGAGGAGUUGUCUGGCAGCCAGAGGCGUAAUGAGAUGGAUGGAGCUGAUGGAACUCUUGAGAUCCGCGAUACCGAAGACGAGACGGAUUCCGAGCAGUCCGCUUCCUCUCCGCUCAAGUCGUCGCCCUUAUCCUCGAUCGGACUUGUGCCUACCCCGGCAAGCGGCAUCCGCCCGAAUACAGAGUUCAAUCCGAGGGCCAUCGUUGUGCGAGAUAGGCCUUCUGCGCGUACCAUGCGUUCGUUGGCAUUGUCCUUCAGCAUCUACCAAGAGCCACUUUCGGUUCAGCUUGCGAGAGAGGCCACAGCUCCGCCUCCGAUCGAGCUUCCUGAUGAUAAUAAGGAGAACAUCUCCCCGACAGGUUCAGAUUUCGAGCAGACCCCGCGUCGCGACGUCAUGCUCCAACCGUUGGCAGAGCGGAGCCUGAACUCACUAGGUGAUCUCGAGAACGCCGAAAUCGACUCAGAUAUUAAUCAGCUCCUGAGCGACUUUACGUAUGUCGAAGCCUCCACUGGAACCUCGCCUUACUUCACAGUCGGCGAUGCGGCUUUCGACGAGGACGGUGAGCUGGCCGGCUAUUACGAUGGCCCGGGCUUCUUGUUCUAUGAGGACAACAGAGAUGAGUACGACUCGGUCCUUGGAUACCCAUCUUCACAGCCGACUUCGGACGUCGGCUCUGUCUUGGGCGAGGAUGCCAACGACGAGAACGGCCCACCUCCCUUCCUGGCCUUCCUAGAGCGGUCCACCGGGACUGAAUAGCGGCGGAGCUCACUGCUUACAUAGCUAUAGCACCAACGACUGUUUGCGGUAAUAACGAAUCGCUU